UUCCAUCCCAUCCCCCAAAACAUCCACUAGAGCGCUUCAGAAUUACCUGCUCCAUGUUCAGUUCAGCGCCAUGUCAGAAUACGUUAGCCGGGAUUAUCUUUGGCUGUGCACUCUGCUGCUGAUCUGCGCCCUGAUCCAGGUGGCCCUGUCCCAGCCGUAUCAGGUGCCGCAUCGCUGCUCGAAUCGUCUGGAGAGCGCCCUAGAGCACAUGCGACGGCGCAGCAUUCAGACCAAGAGCUCCUCCGAUCGGACUCGCUCGCGGUCCAUGUGGCAGCCGCCGGCACAGAGCCCCUACCAGCUGUACCACAGCUUCUACGGCCAGCACAGUGACCCCGAGGAUGAUUUCUACAACGGGGGCGGCAGCUACAAUUCGGGACGUGGCUACCAUGCCAAGCUUCUGCACAGGAAUGGGCGUCCCUAUCCGUUUGCGGACUCCAGUGCUGCUCUGGAGCUGGAGGAACUGCUCUCCGGCCACCAGCAACAGCAACAGCAACAGCAGCAGCAGCAGCAGCAUCAGCAGGAGCACCGGCAGCCACACAAGCUGGCCAUAUCCCGGGUGGAGGUCGAGGAUCUGAAGGUGCGUGUGCCGCCCGCAAAGUCCGCCUCCCGUUGGGUGGAGAUCGACAAGUGCAAGUUCAGCACGGAGAACUCCACGCUGGACACGCGACUCAUCUUCCCGGAUCUCACCCUCAGCGGCAAGGUGGUGAUGCAGCCCAUGGGCGGACGCUGCCACAUGAUACUCCGCCUGCGUCAUGCUGGCAUCGAGUUCCGAACGGUGCCGCUGGGCUUGGAGCCGGGCUCAGGCUCGUUACCGCCCUCGUAUGAGCAGUCCAGGAGAUUGAGCGCCUCCUCUGUACGCACGGACUCGCACUUUGCGGAGCCCGGCUUCAUCUCCGUCUUUGCCCAUGGCUGCCAGGGACCGACUGGCAUCCGGCUGCGACAGAACUCGAAGCGGAGAUUCGGCUACGGGCCAGGAACCCCUCCGCAGGUGGAGUUGGGCGAACCACAUGUCAUCAUGGGCACGACGCGACCUCAGCCCCAGAGAUGGGGCAAGUACCACAAGCCGGACUAUGACAUCAGGCUGGACCACACCACGCAGCGGGACAAGAGCCUGGAGCUGGGCAGCGAUAGCCAUGGCCAGGACUCGGCGGAGUUCGUGGAUGUCAAUGCGGACAACUUCUACCGGCGGCAGUUCAACAAGCGGCGACGACGUCGUCGGCGGUUCGCCGAAAACGGACCCACGGAAAAUUUCGUGGACCAACUGAGCUUCAACGAGGACGUGCUCCACUUCGAGGACGAGCAGCUGCAGCAGAUGGUGGAACCAGAUGCCAGAGCCUUUGCGGACAUCUUCAGUGCGAGCGGAGGAGCUGGCGGGUUUGGGGGCCUCAAUUCCAACGGGGACCGUGAGGAGCUGGUGGGUGAGGCCAUGUCCCAUGAGCUGGAGAAACUCUUCUCCAUGGGAGUGCGCGGUCUGCUGACCACCUACAUGCAGCGCGCCCUGCAGCCGGCCAUCAAGGAGACCCUGAUGGAGAACAUGGGCUACACCCUGAGCUAUGGCUGAGCCCCACAUGGGGCACACUUAAGUAUUAGCCCCUUAAUUUAUUUCAGA